AUGGCCAAGGCCUCCCUGCGACUGGGCUGCAAGGUCUUGGAGCUGGCGCAGGUUUGCAUCCGAGAAGCGCGGCUGUCCGUGGCCCCGGUCAUCUUCUCCGAGCCGAAGCCAGAGCCAAAGAUGGUGCGUGGCAAGAUGGAACUGCGAGAACGCUUUCCGCUUGCCACCGACGACACCUUGCUGGAGGCUGGCGUGGAGAACAAUGCGGUCUUGAGAGCCAAGAUCAGCCCGGCGGUCAUCACGGCCUCCAAGGACUGUACGGCCCGCAUUUGGAACGCUGAGACGGGGAAAUGUGAGCUGGUGCUGGAGGGUCACAGCGAUGCGGUGUGCUCAGCGUGCAUUUCUCCGGACUGCAGAUACGUGGCCACCUCCUCAGAAGAUGCCUCAGCCAGGCUUUGGUACGUGGACAGCGGCAGGUGUGCUCGCGUGCUGCUGGAUCAUAAAGAAGCCGUCUAUUCCACGGCAUUCUCCCCAGACAGCAAGCAGGUGGUGACUGCGUCAGAGGAUGGCAGUGCCAAGAUUUGGGUGGUGAAGACUGGCCUCUGCAAGCUUACCCUCAAAGGGCAUAACUUUGCAGUGCUGUGGGCGGCUUUCUCGCCAGACGGCAGGAGCGUGACGACCACGAGCAGUGAUGGCACCUUGAAGAUUUGGAAUGCAAAGACCGGAGUUUGUGACCGGACUCUGCUCGGGCAGAAGCCGGUGUACUUGGCCUCCUUUGCGACAGAUGGGAGCACCUUUGUCACAGCCAGUGGUGAUUCCACGGCCAAGAUUUGCGAUCUAGUGACUGGCGACUCCAAGAUUGUGCUGCAAGGGCACGACGCGCUGGUCUUGGGCGCAUCCUAUGCGCCUUCCUGCCCGGCAGAGAAGGACGAUGGCUAA